UGCCAUUCCCGGGUAACGCCGACAAACGAGGGGGCCGUAAAGGGAGGAUAAGCAGUAAACAACUAACCGGCGGACUGUCUCAAUGUCAACUCUAGUCAGAAUCAUACGACGCAGCAUUGUGACCACCCUCCAACAGCAGCUACGCAGGAUGUCCGGUCCGGGGAAAAGUGCAACUAUUGCCGUGGGUCAGAUGCGAUCCACCAGCGACAAGACGGCCAAUCUCGGCCAGGUAAAGGAGCUGGUGGCUAGGGCCAAGUCCAAAAACGCCUGCAUGCUUUUUCUGCCCGAGUGCUGUGACUUUGUGGGCGAGAGCCGCGCCCAAACGCUGGAGCUUUCGGAGGGCUUGGACGGGGAGCUAAUGGCACAGUACCGAGAACUGGCCAAGUGGAACGAGAUGUGGCUCUCCCUGGGUGGCGUGCACGAGCGGAACGACCAGGGAAAGAUUUACAACGCGCACGUACUGGUCAACGAAAAGGGGGAGCUAGCCGCAGUAUAUAGAAAGAUGCAUCUUUUUGACGCCACGACAAAGGAGAUUCGCCUGCGCGAGUCGGACACAGUGACCCCUGGAGAGCGUCUAGAGCGACCAGUAUGCACGCCCGCUGGCCAGGUGGGACUCCAGAUCUGCUACGACCUUCGGUUUGCUGAAACGGCAGUUUUGCUGAGAAAGAUGGGUGCACAGUUGCUCACCUAUCCGGCUGCCUUUACCUAUGCAACAGGCAAGGCGCACUGGGAGAUCCUUUUGCGCGCGAGAGCGAUUGAAACACAGUGUUUUGUAGUCGCGGCCGCCCAGCAGGGUUGGCACAACAAGAAGCGACAGAGUUGGGGCCACAGCAUGAUCGUCAGUCCCUGGGGAAAAGUGCUGGCCGACUGUGGUGGCGAUCGGGAGCUUGAAAUAGGCACAGUCGAGGUGGAUCUCUCCGUUCUGCAAUCCCUGUACCAGACUAUGCCCUGCUUCGAACACCGGCGAAACGACCUCUACUGCCUAACGGCCUACGGGCUGAAAAGCAAGGAGCCCGCCCAGGAUCGGCCAUUUGCCACCAAUAUCGUGGACAGGCGCACCAUUUUCUACGAGUCCGAUCACUGUUUUGCCUUCACCAACUUGCGGUGUGUGGUCGAAGGCCACGUACUGGUUUCCACUAAGCGAGUGACACCACGUCUUUGUGGUCUUGACUGCGCAGAGAUCGCGGACAUGUUCACGACUGUCUGCAUGGUGCAGCGGCUGUUGGAGAAGAUUUACCAGACCACUUCUGCCACAGUCACUGUGCAGGAUGGAGCCGAGGCCGGGCAAACCGUUCCCCACGUCCACUUUCACGUCAUGCCUCGACGUCAUGGGGACUUCGGCCACAAUGACCAAAUCUAUGUAAAACUGGAUGAAAGCGCCGAGGAAAAGCCACCGCGCACGAUCGAGGAAAGAAUCGAGGAGGCACAAGUGUACCGCAAGUUCCUGCUGGACAGUAGCUAGCUGCUUAUCCCGAUUCCUUUUCCUGCCAUGUGAUCUAUUACAUUAAUAAAGAACCCCUCGAUCGCCCGCCUUCAAA